GGGCGAAGUGACCAGGCGGCGGCGGCGGCGGCUCUGCUGAGGUGACAACGUGCUAGCAGCCCUCGCUCGCUCUCGGCGCCUCCUCGGCCUCGGCGUCCGCUCUGGCCGCGCUCGAGCCCUUCAGCCCGCCGCUGCGCUAUGAGGGCCCCUCUCUGGGGCUUUCCGAGGCUGGAGCCGGCUCCCUCUGCUCGCGGGCAAGUGUGAAGACCGAGGCGCGGGCGGGAGCCGGGGCUGCGCGCGGCGCUCGCGGGCCGGCGCGGGUUCCAGGUGAGCGCGGACUCAGCGAGCCCCGCAGUCGGCGCGGCCGGCCGGCGCCUGCUGGGCUUGAUCUGAGGCUGAAUCCCGUGUGUGGACCGCCGUUCCCUCUUCGCGGGAUCGUUGGCCAGGAUAGCAGAUGCAUUUAUGUAGAAGCAUUUUGAGGAUGAAUGUUUGAAAAUCAUUUUGAAAUUGCUAAGUGCCACGUACAUGGAAUGUAUCCUGCUUUCAUCUUGGAGUUCACCUGUGUGGCUUGGAUUUAUCACAGUAGCAUUUGUCUUCAAUCUGUGUGUUAACUAGAAAUCAAGGAAAGACAUGAGGAGAUUUGUUUACUGCAAGGUGGUUCUAGCCACUUCACUGAUGUGGGUUCUUGUUGAUGUCUUCUUACUGCUGUACUUCAGUGAAUGUAACAAAUGUGAUGACAAGAAGGAGAGAUCUCUGCUUCCUGCAUUGAGGGCUGUUAUUUCAAGAAACCAAGAAGGGCCAGGAGAAAUGGGAAAAGCUGUGUUGAUUCCUAAAGAUGACCAGGAGAAAAUGAAAGAGCUGUUUAAAAUCAAUCAGUUUAACCUUAUGGCCAGUGAUUUGAUUGCCCUUAAUAGAAGUCUGCCAGAUGUAAGAUUAGAAGGAUGUAAGACAAAAGUCUACCCUGAUGAACUUCCAAACACAAGUGUAGUCAUUGUGUUUCAUAAUGAAGCUUGGAGCACUCUCCUUAGAACUGUUUACAGUGUGAUAAAUCGUUCCCCACACUAUCUACUCUCUGAGGUCAUCUUGGUAGAUGAUGCCAGUGAAAGAGAUUUUCUCAAGUUGACAUUAGAGAAUUAUGUGAAAAAUUUAGAAGUGCCAGUAAAAAUUAUUAGGAUGGAAGAACGCUCUGGGUUAAUACGUGCGCGUCUUCGAGGAGCAGCUGCUUCAAAAGGGCAGGUUAUAACUUUUCUUGAUGCACACUGUGAAUGCACGUUAGGAUGGCUGGAGCCUUUGCUGGCAAGAAUAAAGGAAGACAGGAAAACAGUUGUCUGCCCUAUCAUUGAUGUGAUUAGUGAUGAUACUUUUGAAUAUAUGGCUGGGUCAGACAUGACUUAUGGGGGUUUUAACUGGAAACUGAAUUUCCGCUGGUAUCCUGUUCCCCAAAGAGAAAUGGACAGGAGGAAAGGAGACAGAACAUUACCUGUCAGGACCCCUACUAUGGCUGGUGGCCUAUUUUCUAUUGACAGAAACUACUUUGAAGAGAUAGGAACUUACGAUGCAGGAAUGGAUAUCUGGGGUGGAGAGAAUCUUGAAAUGUCUUUUAGGAUUUGGCAAUGUGGAGGCUCCUUGGAGAUUGUUACUUGCUCCCAUGUUGGUCAUGUUUUUCGGAAGGCGACUCCAUACACUUUUCCUGGUGGCACUGGUCAUGUCAUCAACAAGAACAACAGGAGACUGGCAGAAGUUUGGAUGGAUGAAUUUAAAGAUUUCUUCUACAUCAUAUCCCCAGGUGUUGUCAAAGUGGAUUAUGGAGAUGUGUCAGUCAGAAAAACACUAAGAGAAAAUCUGAAGUGUAAGCCCUUUUCUUGGUACCUAGAAAACAUCUAUCCGGACUCCCAGAUCCCGAGACGUUAUUACUCACUUGGUGAGAUAAGAAAUGUUGAAACCAAUCAGUGUUUAGACAACAUGGGCCGCAAGGAAAAUGAAAAAGUGGGUAUAUUCAACUGUCAUGGUAUGGGAGGAAAUCAGGUAUUUUCUUACACUGCUGACAAAGAAAUCCGAACCGAUGACUUGUGCUUGGAUGUUUCUAGACUCAAUGGACCUGUAAUCAUGUUAAAAUGCCACCAUAUGAGAGGAAAUCAGUUAUGGGAAUAUGAUGCUGAGAGACUCACGUUGCGACAUGUUAACAGUAACCAAUGUCUCGAUGAACCUUCUGAAGAAGAUAAAAUGGUGCCUACAAUGCAGGACUGUAGUGGAAGCAGAUCCCAACAGUGGCUGCUUAGGAACAUGACCCUGGCCACAUGAAGAUCAUGUCCUCCAAGCCAUGAAAGUGUCUACACUUUUGUUUUUCCUUUAUUUCAAUUGGGGGAAAAUAUUAACUUUGCUGAAUUGAAAGUUUUAAAAAUCCUUUUAGUAUUCUAAAACCAAUUGUCUCUAAUUCGUUUCUAGAAAUGUUUGCUUAUUUCCCUACUAAAAUUUGUAUCUGAUCAAAGCACAUAAAAAUAUAAAUAAUAGCAAACUAUUAUUAAACAACAGAACAACUUGUAAAACAAAUUGUGUUCGCUUUAAGAAAAAUCUUUAUUGCACUCAUGUCAUAGGGUUAAUUGGAGGUUAUUUUAUUUUUGGUUGUCAUGGUGAUUGAAAGAGAGAAUGUAAAUGCCUUAUAAAAUCUUCAUUAUGAAAUAUUAUCAGUUGCUUUAUAAACUCACUCUUUUUACUGAUCCUUCAUGGAAACAUGUUUGAUUUCUGUGUCUACAACAGGGCCACAUAUUAAAUUAUUUCUGAAUGGUGAAUUCAUCUUACAAAAUGUUCCAAGUUUUGGACAAGGAAAAACAUUACAUUGGAUAUUGAAUUCAUAGAGCCUUUACAGAAGCAUCACAUUUAAACCAAUGUGAAUUCAAAAAAGAGAAGGAGACUUUUUAAAUUCAAUUUAAAGUACAUAAAAAAAGAAAUCCGUGAAGCAUUGAGGGGAACAAGAUGAGUCUAAUCCGCAGCACUUCAAUCAUUGUGAGAGAACUCAAAGUGGGUUGCAAUCAUUCCUAACACAGGCUGAAGCUAAACAAUCUUGCUCCCAGAGUUUGUGUUGGAAACUCAAUUCUUAACCAAAAUCUUGGUCUCCAUAAACUCUACCAUCCCUUUUCUCUUCACUCUAUAGACAGUGGCAUGCCAUUGAUGCUGUACAGAAUUGCAGGUGAAAGGGAGAAUUUUAGACUUAAUUUUUAACUCUAUUGCACUUAAAGAUUUUAAUUAGGCCACCACUGUCAUUUUCAUUUUCUAUAUUAAAGAAUACCUUUCAGUGCUAUGCUCCAAUAUCUAAAAAUUUUAUCGCCAGGGGAAUAAACUCAAUACACGUUCAUUAAACUUUUAUUGUAAUUAAACUGCUAUAUAUUGUUUGCCAUAUAUUAUGGCCCAAGGAACAUAGUUAUAAUUAAGCUAGAUUCACAUUUUCUUUUCUCAUCUUAAAACUCUUUAUGUUCAAAAUACAUUAGCAUAGGCCAGAAAAAGGAAAAAAUCAGAUUUUUGCUGAUAAGUUUUUAUCUUUGACAUCAUUUAAAAUGCUCAUAGAGUUGCCCUAUAUAUGCAUGUUAUUCAUUAUAAAUGCACUCAGCAGCUAAGAAAUUUGAGAGGAAAAAUGGAAGAAGUGUUUUCUGGAGCAAAAGAUUCCACUUCUUUGGUCCUCAUCUUUUCUUAAAAAGCUCUUAUAGAAAGAAUUAAUCGUUUUGAUUGCAUCCAAACUCUCUGUGUCUCUGAUGUGCACAUACACUGCUUUAUAAUGAAAAUGAGGACACUUUCUGAUGGUCAGUAAAAUCUUAAAUGAUUUUUGCAACUGGUAUUCCUUCCUCUUUUGACUUUUUAUUGGUGCAACUGUAGGGAAGAAUCUACAACCUAGAGCAUUUCAGGUUUGCUCUUUAAAUAUAGACACCCCUCACCAUGAGCUCUCUGGGAAUCCGUGAAUUUCCUAAAAUUGUAAGCAAAAUGUUGAAUAUCAGGGCAUUUUUUUUCUGAGGUGGGAGUAUGUUGCUCACAGCAAACUUGGAAAGAAGGCUAUGACUCCCAAGAGGCAGUGAACCAUUGCCUUAAAUUAAUAGCCUCAAGUCCAUUGAGGCCUCAUGUAAAAUUCCCAUUUUUCAUUUUUACACUCCUUUUCUCUCCUCAUUUCCUCUUCUCCUUACUAAGGUAAAAAGACCCUGUGCAGCAUUAUUGCUUAAGUUGAAAAAGCUUCAACUCUCAAGGACUCAUGUAUACCAUGUGUUCCACUUAUUGCUUUGUCAGUCAAAAUGCAUGUUAUGUAGAAAAUGGUCAAUGGCAAAUUUUUAUAAAUACAGCUACCCCAUCAAAGCUGAACUUGAAACAUUUUUAGCAGAAUUUUAAAUAUGUGAAAGUUCAUUAUGGUCAUGGUGAGAAAACUAAAACUACAUGAGUUUCAUGUUAGAAAAGAAUUUUUAAAGAAUCUUCAGAUGGCUUGAACACGUGCCAUUAUAGUAUCUAACAAAAGGUGGCAUAAAAUAUUAUAAAACAUCCAACACCAGAAAGCAAUGACUGACAUUUUGUUUUCAAAAAUAUUGUCUUCGGUACAAAAAGUUAAAACCAUGAUUGGAUUCAUAAUGCACUUGUCUUAUCCCUUAUUUAUGGAGCUAGACUGACAUAUUUCAAACCAAUUUCUUCUGUGAUCUUCUCCAUCUCAGUUAAUGCAACUUCAACCUUCCAGAUGCUCAGGUCAAAAAUUGAAAGUUGCUUUUGACUCCUCUAUUUCUGUUUCAACUUUCAUCUAAUCCAACAGCAAAUCCCCUUGAUGCUACCUUUGAAAUGUAACUAGAAGAGAAUGACUUGCCACCACAUCCACUAGGUGUCACUACCUCUAACCUUUUUAAUCGCAAUAUGCUUAUUAUUUAGUUCCCUAAUUUCCCAGUCCUUGUCUUGAGCAAUCUUUUCUCAAUACAACAGCCAUAGUGAUUCUGUUAACCAUGAAUUUGAUUGUGUCACUUCCCUGCUCACAAUCUUCCAAUGACUUCUCCCUCCGGAGGCCUUCAAGGUCCUUCAUGAGUGUUACCCCUCUACACAUCCACACCACUCACCACACAUACAUACACAUGCACACACACACAGAUGCAAUUCUACCUUUUUAUAACACCAUCUCUUAUCUCUCAUUAUUCUGCCUCUUACUUACCCCACUAUGGCUCCCAAGGAAGUUCCUGCUUUAGUGUUUUGUUCCCUCUGCCCCAGAGAGCUCCCCUUAGUGGUCUCAGUUCAAAUACUAUCUUAUCAGUAAGACAAACCCUUCUCCCAUCUGCCUUCCCUAUCCCCUGUGCCUGACAAUCUAUAAGUUUGCUUCUUUUUUUCUGUCUAUUCUUCCCCCUCCCCAGCCCCAAACAUGCCCUAGAAGGUAAGUCCCAUGAAGGCAGGGGCUUUGUCAGUUUUGUUCAUUUGGUAUUUCUGGCAUAUAUAUUCUUUAAAUAUUUCUUGAAUUAAUGAACUGAAAUGUGUGUUAAAGUUGCUAAGUGUUACUGUAUCAUACUUUUUUUGUAUUUUCAAUUUUAAAAUAAAGGCUAAUAUAUUUAGACAGGAUUUCCAAUAA